AGCUCGCGGGGAUCCCUCCCUCCCACCCCUCCCCUCCCCCCCGCGCCCCGAUUCCGGCCCGAGCCGGGGGGGAGGCCGGGCGCCCGGGCCAGAGUCCGGCCGGAGCGGAGCGCGCCCGGCCCCAUGGACAGCUCGGCCGUCAUUACUCAGAUCACCAAGGAGGAGGCGCGGGGCCCGCUACGGGGCAAAGGUGAGCAGAAGUCAGCAGCUUCUCAGAAGCCCCGGAGCCGGGGCAUCCUCCAUUCGCUUUUCUGCUGCGUCUGCCGGGACGAUGGGGAGGCCCUGCCUGCGCACAGUGGGGCCCCACUGCUGGUGGAGGAGAACGGAGCUGUCCCCAAGCAGACCCCAGUCCAGUACCUGCUCCCAGAGGCCAAGGCCCAGGACGCGGACAAGAUCUGUGUGGUCAUCGACCUGGACGAGACCCUGGUGCACAGCUCCUUCAAGCCUGUGAACAACGCCGACUUCAUCAUCCCUGUGGAGAUUGAUGGGGUGGUCCACCAGGUCUACGUGCUGAAGAGGCCCCACGUGGAUGAGUUCCUGCAGCGAAUGGGCGAGCUCUUUGAGUGUGUGCUGUUCACUGCCAGCCUUGCCAAGUAUGCAGAUCCAGUGGCCGAUCUGCUGGACAAGUGGGGGGCCUUCCGGGCGCGGCUGUUUCGCGAGUCCUGCGUCUUCCACCGAGGGAACUACGUCAAGGACCUGAGCCGGCUGGGCCGAGACCUGCGGCGGGUGCUCAUCCUCGACAACUCGCCCGCCUCCUAUGUCUUCCAUCCAGACAACGCCGUACCGGUGGCCUCCUGGUUUGACAACAUGAGUGACACGGAGCUCCACGACCUCCUGCCUUUCUUUGAGCAGCUCAGCCGCGUGGAUGACGUGUACUCAGUGCUCAGGCAGCCACGGCCCGGCAGCUAGUGAGGCGCCCCGGGGGCCAGGACCUGCCCCUGACCGACGCCCACACCCCUCACCCGUGGACUUUUCCUGAAGAAUCCUGAGCGGCCACGGCCGCCACCUCAGCGUCACGGGGAAGUGGGCCCUCCCCAACUGUCCAGCUUGGCUGCGAAGGGGACAGCCGGCCACACGGAGGCUGAUGAGCCUCUGGGCCCCUGUGUCUGUGCCUUAGUGCCUUAGAACCUCCUCCUUGGGGGACCUGUGGGGUCCUGUGUGCCACUUCCCCCUUUUGUCUUCUCUCUUUGCUGCCAUGUUUCUUUGCUGCCAAAUUGGGCCCCUUGGCCCUUUCUGGUUCUACUUGGGGGAGGGGCAGGCUUCCUGCUGCUCUGUGCCUCGGGGGCCCCCCCAGCCUGGGAAUGGUGGACACCCAAGUGCCUUGCGUAGAGCCCCUGUCCCUGCCCGGGUUCCAGGGCCGCAGUCAGUGGGCUCUUGCCUGGAACAGUCUCCAAGUGGCUGCAGUCUAGGCUGGUGGGAGAGGACGCAGUCUCCCCACCUCCUCCCUUGGGAUCGAUACAGCCCCCCCCCAUCUCUGCCUCCAGGGCAGGGAGGGGAGAAAAUCUGUUACCACUUGUGAAGGGUUCCGGGUGUGUCCUCUGGGACCAGAGUCCAGCCUCUCUAGGCUCAUCAGCUGCCAAAGGCUGCUCCCCACACCAAGCCCUGACCCCUCACAUCUGCCUUGACCACCCCCCAAGGCCCUUGGGGCUUGGCUCCCCAGCUCCUCGUGGGGGCAGAGGCAGGACCCCUUUGUGGUGCCAUAUAAAUAUGUAUAUGUGUAUAUAGAUGUUUAGGGAAAGGGGAGAGGGAAGAGCCGGGGUAGAGACACCCCCCUUCACCCCUUUCCUGGACCCAUAAAUUGCGGGGAGGGAGGGAAAGGAUUUUUACAUUUUUUAAACUGCUAUUUUCUGAAUGAAACAGGCUGGGCCAAGGGGCCCCAGGCCCUGUCUUCUAUCCCUCACACCCUCUUUGCUCCAAUUUAUUCAUUAAUUCAAAACACAUCA